AAAAAUGCCAUUGUCGAAUCUUGACCGUCCAUUUCACUAACUGGAGAUGUCCAUGUCCAAGCCGGAUCCUUUCUAGCUUUCACGGAGAAGACGAAGAAAGUAUUCAUUUCCAUUUUCUCGUCUGGCUUUUCCAAAGAAUAUGCAAAUUCAAAGACUUUCAUUUCCAAAUCACUCUCUCACACCACUAAAUUACUCGCCCACUCCUCAUAUUUUCCCUUCUUUCCCUCCCACGCUCCAGUCCACUAAACUUGUGUCCCAUCCAAAUUCGAAAUCUGGGUUUUGCAAUUUAGUCAAAUGGGUGUCCAAAUCACCAACUGAUGUGAUGAACUGUUCUGGUUUGGUUGGGGUCAGAUGUGGCGAAAUGGCACAAGAUAAUGACGAUGGGUUCUAUAUGAGGAGAUGUGUGGAGCUUGCCAGGAAGGCAAUUGGGUGUACCAGUCCCAAUCCCAUGGUGGGCUGUCUGAUUGUCAAGGAUGGGAAAAUUGUUGGUGAAGGGUUUCACCCUAAAGCGGGGCAGCCCCAUGCUGAGGUGUUUGCUCUGAGAGAUGCUGGGGAUUUGGCUGAGAAUGCAACAGCAUAUGUGAGCUUGGAACCGUGUAACCACUAUGGGAGAACUCCCCCCUGCACUGAAGCCUUGAUUAAAGCCAAAGUGAAAAAGGUAGUGAUUGGAAUGGUGGAUCCAAAUCCAAUAGUGGCUUCGAAGGGGGUGGAUAGACUGAGAGAUGCAGGUAUUGAUGUGACUGUGGGCAUUGAAGAAGAAUUGUGCAAGACGCUUAAUGAGGCCUAUAUCCAUCGAAUGCUGACUGGAAAGCCUUUUUUAACACUCAGAUACUCUCUCUCAGUUAAUGGCAACGUUUUAGAUCAGCUUGGUGAAGGAGUGACAGAGCCCGGUGGAUACUACUCACAGUUGUUACAGGAAUAUGAUGCUGUUAUACUUUCUCCCACCUUAUUUAUUGAUAAGUUCUCCAUUCUGACAUCCCAAGAACCUGGAGCCAAGCAACCUGUUCGGAUUAUAACAGCAAGAACUCCUAAUCCUCCCAUCAAAAUCCCAGGUCUAACUACUGAAGAAACUGCUAAAGUUAUAAUCUUCACAGACAAAGAGAUGGAUGUAGAGCAUGAAACAGCUCAACAGGGAAUUGAAAUGGUGGUUUUGGAUCGGAUAAAUCUGAAGGCAAUUUUGGAAUACUGUGCGCGCCAAGGGUUUUGCAGUGUUUUGCUGGAUUUGAGGGGGAACUUUGGAGAUCUUAAAGAGCUUCUCCAAGAGGGUAUUGAGCAAAAUCUGUUGCAAAAAAUUGUGAUGGAAGUUUUGCCGCUUUGGGAUGGUAGUAAUAGUGAGAAUUUACGAGUGGCAAUGCAGAGUCUGGAUAAAAGACUAGAAGUGAAGAAUUUACGACAUAGAAUCUCAGAUAACAAUGUGUUGCUCGAGGGCUAUCUUUAAUGUAAGUGAUUGAAAUUUUUUGGAGACACAACGAAUGAACUACAAUAGUUAAGUGUUUGGGUUUGUCUAUUGUUUUUGGCCAUCAUGGCAGUUACGCCAGGGAUUCUAUCUUCUAUAGGCUGAGAGAAGGAAUCAAUCCAGCUUAUUUAGCUUUCACGCCUCUCUCGUUUUCUUUAUUUACAAAUAAAAAGGUAGCACAGUCCCCUACUCCCCUGAACUCGACAUAUUUUUCUCAUUUGCAGCCCUUCGUGUAGUCUUUCCUUGCAUUUGUUUUUAGCCUAAAAGUGUUGUAUCUUGUAUGCAAAGUUUGAAGAAGUAUUCUAUCAAAUGAUAACACACAGAUAUGUCCUGAUUAUUCUCA